CUUUUAAAUUUGGUGUUUAUUAAAAACAAAAUAUUAUUCUGUAUUAAUAUUGUACAUUUAGGUCGAAGAGCAACUCUCUACCACCCCAGAGGAUUCUGUGCCGCGCCCUCAAACCAAACCGAUUUAUGGAUUUAACUUGGAAUCCGUCCUAAAAUCCGACAAUAUUGUUUCUUCGAUUAUUGAAAGAAAAAUUUCAUGCGGAGCGAUGAUUCUUAAAGCAGACCGUCAAGCAGUCGCGAACGUGCUGGUGGAAGCCCUCAUCGAAAAUUUAGGAACAUGCCCAAGUAAACUAGCGAUGGAACAACUUGCUAAAAACCUUGUUAAUACUUAUCCUUCAUUUGGGGAUCCUAUGAAAGGGGGAAAAGGAUGGAGGAUGUGGUUUAAUCAUUCAAUCCAUGCCAGCGCCGCUUCCGGUUUCUUGGAAGAGCGUCUUAAAAAUCAACGCAAGCGACUAGCAAAGAAGAAAGUUAUCAACAGCUUUGAUGAUGAAUCUGCUCAAUAUGUUGUGAAUUGGGACUCUGAUAAUGAUGAAGACGAUCCUGAACCGGAUGAAAAGGUGCUCGAAUACCUUAAGCAUAAUUCUGGGGAGGAUACAAAGUCAAUCAUGAAAAAUACCGUGUUCCAGCGGCGAACAAUUAUCCGUCGCUUGUCUUGGGUAGAAAAUAUUUUGGAACGGAAGGAAGGAUCUAAUAAAAGCCCUGGAUUGAUGCCACGACUUUUUGACACAGAAGGAAAUAUAGUGCAGGAUUUCAAUAUUCGUCACCCCAAUUUGGCAUUGAUCGUGUAUGAAAGAUGGCCCAAAGCCUCAAAGUUAUUGUUCCAGUAUGCAGUUGAAAGUGAUAUAAAUUUUGCAAAGAUACUUGGCGUGUCUAAACCACGAUAUGAUUUAACAGAUGAUGAUAUUUUAAUUCUUGCCUACUGUCUCCUGCCUUAUAUUCUUCCAUUCUAUUCAAGAAAAUUAAGAACGGAAGAUGACCAUUCUGAUUCGAGUGAUAAUGAUCCGCAGCCCAAGAAGCGUAAGAAAUCUAUAGCGAGAACAAAAAAGGCUCGAAACAAACCACUAACAAUGAAGGCGUCGCAGUUGGAUUGCUCGGAGAGUCUUAUUCUGUUCCGGCCUAAAAACACUAGUGUCGCAAGCAUCUUAGCAGAAAGCAAGCAGCCGGCACCUCAUAUUGUGGGUUUUGGAACAAUUUAUGACGUCAAGAUAGAAGAGUUCUUCGUAAUUAUCAACAAGACGGUGGUGCCAUGCGGACCAAGCUUCAUGGUGGCUCUGGAUACUUGUCUAAAAAGUACAACCGUUCUUUAUAUACCCCCACCGAUCGAAUCUUAUAAUCACUGGAUGUUCAUGCAGCAUGGAAUUGCUGGAAAGCCGGCCGAUAACCCUCUUCCUCUUGUUCAAGCACUCAUUGGACAAAUUAUGCCACGAAUUUAAUAAUUCUUUAUUUAAAUGAAUUAAUUAUAAUUUGAAUAUUUCAGUAAUUUCGGUUGUAACUUAAUGUUGUGCUGUAACUAGUUAGUAAAUUAAUUAUAAAUUAAUGUUUUCAUAGUUGAUCACUUAUACUAAAGGUGUUUUCAUUUUUAUAUGUGAUGUUGUAUGUGAAAAAUAUAUUAUUAAAAUACUAAAUACUGCGAGUACGCUUGAGUAACUUUUUUUGGGGUCAUCAAAGCAAGAAAGUAAAAUCAUAAUCCACUCGAUUCGGGGUUACGGUCGUUACCCUAUUGGGCGCUCAGUUACCCUGUAGGAAUAUUGUUACAGGGUAAAACGGUUUACUUUGUGGUCGAGAGAGAGCGAUUCGCUAUAAGUGGGGUAGUGGCACUUUGGAAGUUAUAUCGAGUUAUAUUUUACGUCAUAUAAAGUAUGAAUUUCUAAGAGUGUGGUGAAUAUUCUUAACUUCUACAAUCGUGCCAAAAAAAAAUAAAUUAGAAAAGACAAGGCGUAGGUAUAGUAAAGUUCGUGAUUAUAAAUCCAUCCAUCGUAUCCGAAAUUAUGUCGAAAAAAUGGGUUGAGAUUUAAGUGAGA